UCCAUCUUUGUUCUGUUGAGGCAGGCCAGGUGACUCAGGUCUACAAAACAACAAUAAAGAAAGCCUCCUGCUCUCUCUGCACCUCCCUGCACCCUUCCCCUAGCACAGGAGACCCAGAGGGUGCCUGAUGCCUUCCCUGUGCUCCCGGGAGGGGAAGCCCGGGCUCUCUGUCCCCGUCCAGCCCCUCCCCCCACUGUACUGACUGCACUGACGGACGCGGAGGUGGGUGGUCAUCCACGGGCUGACCAGUCGUCCUGACAGGGGGGAUGCGGGGCUCAGAUGUCCCUCCAGAACGGGAACCAGCGUGCAGGCGGCUAUUCCGGGGCUCUGAUCAGGCUGUUUAUUUAUAGCACUGGGGGAGGGCUCCCGGCCCAGGCAGCGGAGAGCCUGCUGUGCCGCAAUGUCACUGUUAGCAGGGCCACUGCAGACUGCCAGCACCUGCCGCUGCCGCAGAGGACGGAGGUCUCUGGGCGGGGGAGCCCCGAGGGCAGCCGGGCGCCGUGAGGCUGGGAGGGAGCGACCCCGAUGGGCAGCACCAUGGAGCCCCCGGGGGGUGCGUACCUGCACUUGGGCGCCGUGACCUCCCCGGUGGGGACGGCCCGAGUGCUGCAGCUGGCCUUCGGCUGUACCACCUUCAGUCUGGUUGCUCACCGAGGCGGUUUUGGGGGCGUCCAGGGCACUUUCUGCAUGGCGGCUUGGGGCUUCUGCUUCGCCUUCUCGGCCCUGGUGGUAGCCUGUGAGUUCACCAGGCUCCACAGCUGCCUGCGCCUCUCCUGGGGCAACUUCACCGCGGCCUUCGCCAUGCUGGCCACUCUGCUGUGCGCCACGGCCGCCGUCAUCUACCCGCUGUACUUCACGCGGCUGGAGUGCCCACCCGAGCCCGCGGGCUGCAUGGCCCGGAACUUCCGCCUGGCUGCCAGCGUCUUCGCGGGCCUCCUCUUCAUGGCCUACGCUGCUGAAGUGGCCCUGACGCGGGCGCGGCCCGGUCAGGUGGCCAGCUACAUGGCUACAGUGUCUGGGCUCCUGAAGAUCGUCCAGGCCUUCGUGGCCUGCAUCAUCUUCGGGGCGCUUGUUCACGAGAGCCGCUACGGGCGCUACGUGGCCACACAGUGGUGCGUGGCUGUCUACAGCCUGUGCUUCAUAGCCACGGUGGCUGUGGUGGCCCUGAGUGUCAUGGGACACACAGAGGGCCUGGGCUGCCCCUUUGACCGCCUGGUGGUGGUGUACACCUUCCUGGCCGUGCUGCUGUACCUCAGCGCUGCGGUCAUCUGGCCAGUCUUCUGCUUUGACCCCAAGUACGGAGAGCCAGCGCGGCCCCCUGACUGCCCCCGAGGCGGCUGCCCCUGGGACAGCCAGUUGGUGGUGGCCAUUUUCACCUAUGUCAACCUGCUCCUGUACAUCGCCGACCUCGCCUACUCUCAGAGGAUCCGCUUCGUUCCCACCUUGUAGCCUGCAG